AUGUUCUCCGACAUCACAGCCGCCCUCUCAAACCCCCGCCAAUCCCUCCAACAAGUCCUCAACUUCGCCCUCGUCCUCAGCACAGCCUUCAUGCUAUGGAAAUCCCUAAGCGUCAUUUCCAACUCCCCUUCACCAAUCGUCGUAGUCCUGUCCGGAUCCAUGGAACCAGCCUUCCAACGCGGUGAUUUACUCUUUCUAUGGAACAGGGAUGUCGGCGCAGAAGUUGGGGAGAUAGUGGUGUAUAACGUCAAGGGCAAGGAUAUACCGAUUGUGCAUAGGGUGGUGAGGAAGCAUGUUACUGUGCCGGUGUCUGGGGUUGAGGCUACUGAGAAUGGAACGAUGUCCCUUUCGAGUCCUAAACUUCUGACGAAAGGUGACAACAACGUGGCUGAUGACACGGAACUCUACGCACGAAGUCAGAGCUAUCUGGAUAGGAACGAGGAUCUGAUAGGGAGUGUGAGGGGGUAUAUUCCGGCUGUUGGUUAUGUUACUAUCAUGCUAAGCGAGCAUCCGUGGAUGAAGACUGCUAUGCUGGGUAUUAUGGGUGUCAUGGUUAUAUUACAGCGAGAACAAUAA